CAGUGUGAGCUGUGAAUGCACAAAGGAAGCAGGUGGUGCCUGCUUAAACCUAACCCCUCUCUUGCUAGUAAAAAGUUCAUCAAAGACGCCUGGCUCCCCUCAUGCUGCAGGCUACCAGCUCCUCUCUUAACCAAGAUAAUGACGUCUCCCUCCCGCCCCCUGAGGCUGUAGCUGAGAUUCUGCCAGAUAAACAGAUGCUCCUAUAUGAAAAGGCAGCCACCCCAGCAGACGGUGACGUGGAUGAUGUGGACAUGCUCAGAAGGGUGUCUCGGUCUCAUUGGCCAUAGUCUGCCCACUUCUGAGCUGGGUCUUCCUGGAGCCAGCCUGGCCAGCUGCUGGCCUGGUGGAACUUCACAGUGCAUUAGGAAUCACUUCACACCACAGAGGUCUGCCCAUAAUGCAUUGCAGUGGGACCCAGCAUCCCAUUCAGCAGCAGGGCCUAGUUCAGAAGGAGGUGAGCUGGACAGAACCCAGGAUGUCACCAGGUUCCAUCUGGAUCAGCAGGAGCUAGAUAAUUACCGUACGGCCAUGAAGAAGAUGGCGGAUGAUAUCCAGUCUUUGCGCAGGCAUGUUGCCAGCCUGGAGGCAGAGAACAGCACCUUGCGCUGCAACCUGAGCAUGCACGAGGAAGUGGGCCGCACACUGCUGAACGAUGUGGAUGUGGAUGUCAUGACCAAGGUGGAGAUAGUUGACAGGAUAGUGGCCCUCAAGCACAAACUGGCUGCUGGGACAGUGGAGAUGAGCAGGAUGAAGGACCGGGUGCAACAGCUGCAAAAUGAGCUGAUCCGGAAGAAUGACCGGGAGAAGGACCUGGUGAUGCUGCAACGAGCCCAUCAGCAACAGCAGACGGUGCUGAGGAAGUACCAUGAGAAAAUCACCAAGAUGAAAGCCCUGGAGGAUACUGUACGGCAGCAGGAGAGGGUGAUUGAGAAGAUGGAGCGCAUGCUGGAGGAGAAGGUGCCAGAGGCUACUAGGACCUGUGAGCAACUGUUGGCUGAUAGCUUCUCCAAGGAGUUCUACUCUACCCUGCUAGCUGAGAACAUGAGACUGCGGGAGGAGUUGGGCAGAGCCCACUACCGCUCUUCCCCCAUCAUCCUGCAGCAGCAAGCCUUGCCGGACAUAUUUUCCACUAACUCAGAGAAGCUGUCUUUGCUGGCCAAGGUGGAGAAGGCGCAAGGUCGCAUCCGUGUCCUGGAAAGCCAGCUGGAGGAGUCUGCGAGGAAAUGGGGGCGGGAGAAGCAGGACCUCAGCACCCAGCUCCUGGAGCAAGAGCAUGGCUUUGGGCGCCCAUCCAGCACCAUCCUGCAUGAUUUCUCACUGAAAACUUCACCAGACCCCACAACACAUAUCAAGAGGCACCAAACGCUUGAUCCUUUGCCCUAGCACCUUCUGCAAGAUGGACUUAUUGGCAGUGCUGGGGAAAGACUGUGAAUGUUCUGUCUGGUCUCCCCCCCGCCCCCCGAAACAGAGCUCUCCUAGGGGGUCUACUGGAGAUCUUUAUUAAAUGCUUGAUGCUCAACCCCCAAGUGCUGUUACUGAAGACUGGAUGGCCAUGGGAAAUAUCUAUGCCAGUCAGAGCUCAGGGAUAUGCUUGGCCAAGUGAUAGGAUCCAGUCUGUGAAGCCCAGCUCAAAGCUUGGAGAAGCGCUAACUCUGGGUUCUAUCACAGGGCACUGGGGUUUGGGGAUUUUGAAUCUGGCCCAGAACCGUUCCCCAAUAGGUCACCCCCCCCACCCAACCCUAUCUCCUCCCCAUCUUGAUGACCAUCUGUACGUAUCUCUCCCCGAGGGUUCCAAGGCAGUUUAGCUUGACUUUCAACAUGUUUUCAGCAGCUGAUUUUUGCUGGUCCCUUGUAUGAUCACUUCUGCAGUGUUCCAAGCACAGUUAGAUGACAGCUGGUGUUGAGCUUAUUGUAUCUUCCCUUCCCCGCCUUCUCCCCCCAGGCAGUAGUGUCUUGGAACAUUGCAUUGCUGGGGUGGGGGGAAGAAGGGUGUGACAUGGACUGGAUUCAUACCCAGCAGAGGUGGCCUCCGUCUCUUUGGAAGGGUGGGUGAAGAACUCCAUCCUUGGCUGUGAUGAUAGAAUGCUGCCCGCUGUAUAGCACAUCAGCUAUGCCCGAAGGACCAAUUUGGAUCAGUUGCACCCUCCAAGCGUGUGAUGUUCGUGGAGGUUGACAUUCCCUUUACCUGUGGUCCACUUCCUUUUAUGUGUGGGACAUUCCACAUGGAGCUAGGCACAGUUUAGUUGGGGUGAUGAUGCCAAACCGAAAGUGGGACUGUGAGAAAGCACCAGCCUGCACAUCCCUUGAAGAUGGCUCCCACAGUCAGUCCGCAGACCAGGAGGAAAUCUGAAUGUGUAACCAAGCCAAACGCACUCUGCAGUAGAGCGAGUGGCAGCCUUAGAGGUGGGGGAAUGGGCCACUGCACACACGGUGCAUUGACACUUUGUUGGCCUAUGCAGCCUAUGCCCCCUAGGGAGUCCUGAGUAGAGAAGCAAAACAUCAUGGGCCAAAUUCAUCCCUGGGGUAACCCCAUUGACUUCAGCAGAGUUUCACCAGGGAUGAUUCUGACCCCUGGAAUGGCCCACCAGGCUAGACUUAGCCCCGCAAGGUGAGGUGCCCAGCUAGUACGAGUGAUGAGAGCAGCAGCAGCACAUGGCCCUGAGGGCCCUUUGCCCUGGCUGCUAUUCCUCAUGUCCGCAAGGACUCGUGUGAAGCCACUGGGCUGCAGAUCCUUGCAGCCAAAGUCACUUGUGCAGUGACAGAAGCUCAUUCUUGUCACUAGUGCCGUUCCGCUGGCAACAGGUGUUAGCCCCCAGUCGGUGAGUGCUACGCAUCCCGAUCUGCAGAGGGAAUGGGGCUGGACCAGCUCUUAGUUUGCACUGUAGAGACUUGGGUUGUUGGCUGUUAGGUCCCUGGUUCAGUCCCCAGUAUUGGCCAAGAGGGCAGCCCCCAUACCUAACUGGCCUUGGGGUGUGGCAGGUUUAGUAGACAGGUGACAGCCGGGGCUGCACCCAUACCAGCUCUGAGCACAGCAUGCAGGUUAGCAGGUGCUGCCUGAGCCAUGCUCGCCACUGGGGCUGACUUGCUGAGUGUACCUGAUACGGAAAAGGCCCCUCAGGUGCUGCCCCCAGUACGAGGGGUGUUGAUUUGCAGAGCCAAUAGAACGGCAGCACUUCAAUGGGAAGUGGCCAUGUCCCAUGGCAGCAAAGGGGUGCCGUCUGCCUUGUUGCUUUAAGGGGUGGCAAUUUCAAAUGAGAACAUGACCCUUCAAGGACAUCUGGUCUGGUUUGCCCCUUCUUCAGUAGCCCUUCCCUUUGCCACCCCUGUGAUGUGAGCCCAGCCUGUUGGGUGGAGAAUAUCAGCUGUAGCCUGGAGGGAGGAAAGGGGGUGGGGGACUUUAAAACUAAACAAAUGAACAGGGCCUCCAGUGGUCUGCCAGGUGCAGGGGGCAAAGCAGUAGCACAUAGCCAAGGCAGAGCAUGGCACGGGGGUUAGCCACAUCACCAGCCAGAAAGGCAGCUUUGGAACACGUAUCCUGGAACCUCCAGCUCUGACUGGUCAAGGCCUGCUGCCUGGGGACAUGAUGAGGAGCAGGAUGCUGGCAUGUCCAGGUGUCUCUUUGGCAUGUGAAAUCAGGGCAUCUCACAUGUGAAUUUGGCAUGCCAACAGAACUUCCUAUGGGGACUGGGAGCCCUCAACAUUCCAGCAUUUCAACCACACUUCCCAGGUCCUUCUCUAUCUAUUCUCCAACUGCACAGACAUCCCGCAGAUCUCUCCUGAAUGCAAUUCCAGUGCCUUCCAGUAACUGCACCUUCCCCACCCUCCUCCUGUAAUACAAUGGACGAAAGAGAAAUGGACUUUCUAGUUCCCAUCUUUUCUUAAAACAUGUAUUGUUUGCCCUUGAGUGGUUCUUGGUACAUCAUCACCUAGCCGAACUUCACCAGAUAUUGUUGUGUUCACAUGCUAAGUUCUAAAAUAUCUUCCUUGAGUCCAUUACAUGAGUUGUCACUGGAAAAAAAAUCACCAGCAAUGACAAUGUGAUCCCAAUAAAUGGAAAGCAGAAAGCAGUGGUUGACAAUUUUUAACACAAUGGUACCAAUCUAGUGGUAUUUUCACUGACAGGUCCAGUGGUUCUUGCCAGCAUCACAGUACUUCUUUCACACCUUGGUACAAAUUUGUACUACAAUGUAUUGUCACUAGUGGGUCUUUGGAGCAGGCAUUAUAGUGAUCAUGGCUUCCAUAAAGCUAACCACAAUGAUAGCACCUGCCCUUGAAGACAUAAACAACCUCUCAACCCCCUAGGAGUGCAAAUAUAAGAUAAGAGGCACUUGCAAUGCUGGUGCAAGCAGGUACAAUUCCAUUGAAGUUAGGGGGAACUCCGGAAGUGUAACUGAGAUCAAAAUUUGGAUCCUAUUCCCAUCUCCAAAAUGCAGUCACCUCUGAAGUAGAUGUCACCUGCUCCUUAACAACACACAGCAAUACCACACACAGUAGCUUCAGGUUUGAGUUUAGGCCUGGCAGUGAGGCACACCACCUUCCAAUUGUAACUGUAAGAGGAAAUGUAAGGUAGCAGAAUCUAAUGGCCAUGACUGGGAAUUUGGAAGGUGCUUAGAGUCAAAUUAUUAACAUUCUAUUACUGCUGGCCUCAUGUUAUAGUUGGCUCAAUUGCUGUGAGAAUGAUGGGGAAAUCAGCAAUUUUGUGGUAAGGUACCAUUUUUGUGGGUGUCAUUUCUCACAGAGUUGGCAUGUCUUGCAUUUCUCAGAGUUUUGGAUUCAGAAAUCCCAAAGAAAGAUAAAGCAAAGCUCAUUCAAAAUUACCACAUUUUGCCUGGUCUCUGCUUGACUCGGAGUCUGGGUGGUGUCCAUCAUAAACCAGAAAACAGCCUGCGUUUGGAUGUCACUAACCGGAGACUUGCAAAUCCCGGUGAGCAUGCGCUCAGUUCUUAUCCCACCUCCGCAUGUGACUGUGGUAAAGUGAUGCCUCUCUGUGCCUCAGUUCCCAAUCUGUAGAAUGGGGCUAAC